AUGCCCAAUUUUACUAUAUUCUAAUAACACAUUAUUGAAGAUAUUAAUGUCAGAGAUUCAAAAAUGAACUCUUUCUAAUACAUUAACAAUGAUUUUUCAGGUACUUUGUACCACUUGUUUGGGGGCAUUGGAUUUGUUUCACGGUGGGUCUUCUAAUAAUGGCUGAAAGUGGAUGGCAUGGAUGAAAAUAACCAGACGUUUGUUUCCGAAUUCCUUCUUUUGGGUCUUGCUGGAUACCCAAAGACUGAGAUCAUUUACUUUGCUCUUGUUCUGGCUAUGUACCUAGUGAUUUUAACUGGAAAUGGUGUUCUGAUCAUAGCAAGCAUCUUUGAUUCCCGUCUCCACACACCCAUGUACUUCUUCCUGGGCAAUCUUUCUUUCCUGGAUAUCUGCUACACAACUUCCUCUGUUCCCUCAACGCUGGUGAGCCUAAUCUCAAAGAAAAGAAACAUUACUUUCUCUGGUUGUGCAGUGCAGAUGUUCUUCGGAUUUGCAAUGGGAUCGACAGAAUGUUUGCUUCUUGGCAUGAUGGCUUUUGAUCGAUAUGUGGCCAUCUGCAACCCUUUGAGAUACUCCAUCAUCAUGAGCAAAGGAGUGUAUGUAUCAAUGGCAUCUGUAUCAUGGUUCUCUGGUGGAAUCAAUUCACUCGUGCAGACAUCCCUUGCCAUGCGGUUGCCUUUCUGUGGGAAUAAUGUUAUUAACCAUUUUACAUGUGAGGUCUUAGCUGUCCUCAAGCUAGCUUGUGCUGAUAUAUCUCUCAAUAUCAUUACCAUGGUGAUAUCAAAUAUGGCCUUCCUGGUUCUUCCACUACUGGUCAUCUUUUUCUCCUACAUGUUCAUCCUCCACACCAUCGUGAGAAUGAACUCAGCUACAGGGAGACGCAAGGCCUUUUCCACCUGCUCAGCCCACCUGACUGUGGUGGUCAUAUUUUACGGUACCAUCUUCUCUAUGUAUGCAAAACCCAAAUCCCAAGAUCUGACUGGGGAAGACAAGUUCCAAACUUCAGAUAAGAUCAUUUCUUUAUUUUAUGGAGUAGUUACCCCCAUGCUGAAUCCAAUUAUCUACAGCUUGAGGAAUAAGGAUGUUAAAGCUGCUGUAAAGUACAUACUGAAACAAAAGUACAUUCAAUAAGGAUGCCAGUAAACACAGGAUUUUGUGUGACAAGCACGAGAUUGACUCAGGGUAAAUCUGUGAGAACAUUCUGAUUUUUAUUGAUGGAAGGUAAGUCCCUACUGCUGAAGACAUCAUGCACUUCAGAAAUAGGGCCCAGAAACCCCUGAGUUGAAACUGACCUGAAUGCCCCCUCCCUGAGGACUAGCUUUCAUGGUACCAGAAAGUGCUAUGCAAGCUUCCAAAGGAGGGAGACAACCAACAGUCCUACUCUGCUGUGAUGCCUAUGAACCACAACAACCACCAGCAUGCAUCACAACCAUAGGGCUGCAGCAGUGGCACACGUACCUUGGUGGUUACCAACAGUUCUCCAAUUGGACUUAAGACCCAUUCAACAAAAGGGAGGCCAUGCCUGGUUCUAGAAGCCAAGCUAACUACUCAGUGCUAAUGAAAUUAGUUAUUGAGGAGAAUCUACAACCACUAAUUUACUAAACCAGCAGUCUCUAACAACGAUCUAUAACAUUUGUCCUUGUAUCCACAGAUAUAUAUAGUUAUCACUCCUCAUUAAGGAAAGCUUUCUUUUGCAAUAGAUGGAGACCAGUACAGAAAACCACAACCAAUGAAUAUGCAGAGUUGUGGAGCCAAGUCUCAUUGGAUGUAUCUACCAAACACCCACACACUUAAGGCUCAGGGACACUGCCAAAGAGGUGGCUGAAAGAAUGUAAAAGCCAGAAGAUCAGGGAUUUUGCUGUGAAAUUGCAUCUCCUAGUAAUGUCAGAAGCUACACCCAUAAAAUCUCAAUACAAUGACUACCCAGAUGUGAGCUAAAUAAGGUCACCAACAAACAUGCCAAACUGCACAGGGAAAAGCUCACCAGGCCUCCACUCUUCACAAAGAACUACAAGCAACUUGGUAAAUCUGGGAGUGGGAGAGGUGGCCCUCCCCAGGAAGAGCACACCACUCAGUUGUUCAGAUCCAAAUGGUCAUCCCUGAAAACAUAAAUACAGGUAGCAUUAUAUAGACUGAACAGGUUAUACUUAUUAAAGCAUGUAUAUAAAUAUGUAUAUUUGCAUACAAUAACAAUUACUUUAAAAGGCCAUGAAUUUGUAAGAGAGUGAGUAGGGAUAUAUGGGAGGGUUUGGAGGGAGGAAAUGAAGGAAGAAAUGUUGUAAUUAAAUUAUAAUCUAAAAAAAUAAAAUUAAAAAAGAGAAUUAUUGGCUAGGGAGAUAUCUAUUUAUUCUUUUCCUUUAUUAGUCAUGCUCAGCUAGAUUUACUGAGGACUAUAGUUUGCUUCAAACUGAUCUUGAUCUCACAAAUACCAUGACUCCCAUUAUAAUUGUAUUAUUUAUGAUAUUUGAAGUACAUGCUUCCAGUGGGCUAUAUGGAAACACAGAGGGAUGACUACACCCAAACUUGGGAAGCAAAGAGACCAGGGUACAAAUAUUUUUAUUCCCAAAACUCCAAUCAACUUUUAGUUAGAUUAUUAAUUCUUUCAAAGCCAUGGUUAACUUGCUAGUGAUAAACAAGUAAAGUUCCUAGUGUCAUUUGACAUUUCAGUAAGUUGGAAAACACAACUACUAGGACCAGUAUCGUAGUACAUUAUAUUUCAGAAGUGAAUUAGGUGUUGUAGUGGGGAAUCGUAGUUACUCUUUUUCCUUCCUUCCUUCCUUCCCUCCUUCCUUCCUCCCUCCCUCUUCCUUUCUUCUUUCCUUCCUUUCUUUAAUUUUUUAUUGAUUCUUUAUAGAUUUCAUAUCAUGCAUGUAGCUCCCUCUCAUCUUGCCAUCCCUUUGCAAUUUCCCUCCAAGAUAAAACAAAAUAAAAUUUAAAAGAAAAGAAAAAAUAGAAAAAGAAAAAUCUCAUUAUGAAAGCUAUAGUGUGACACAGUGAGUCACAUAGUAUACCCUUUAGUCCAUACAUCUUUACUUGCAAGUGUUCAUUGCAAUGAGUCAUUGGUCUGGUUUGAAGCCUCUGGUUUCUGUUACGCCAUUGAUACUGGGCCCUCACUGGAAUUCCUCUUGGAUAUCCUGUGUUGUGGAGAUCCUGCAGCUUUGGAUCUAUAGGACUGGCCCCUUCAUGUGCUACAGCAGAUCAUAGAUGGAGUGGAUGUUGGGGUGGGCCAACUCAUAGCCUUGCUUUUGAGCCUGGCUGGUUGCUGGGUUGGUCAGUACACCAGCUUUCCCUCAUUCUCACCACCAGGGCAAGCUCUCUGCCUUGUCAGCUCACCCUAUGCAGUAAGCAGUAAAGGAUGGGACUGGUUCUCUUGCUCUCACGCCCUCAGCUGGCUCACCUGAACCUAUACCGCCAGGUCCAGCUUUACUGUGUUGCCCAGGUAAGGUGCAGGGACCACUCUCCUGAGUGCUGCAGCUAAUAAGAGGCAGGGCCAGCUUUCGUGCUCUUAUGACCCAGGGGCCAGCUCCUGCCUGCUGUGGGCUGCAAGGGGGCAGCAUCUCUCCCUUACCCACUGCCAUAUGACAAACAAGUAGUUGGGCCAGCUCUCCUAAGCUCACACCCUACAAAACAGCUCAUCUAAGCCCCAAUCAGCAAGAUCAGCUCUACUGUGCUGCCCAGGUGAGGUGCAGGGCCUGUUCUCCCGAGUGCUGCAGCUGGUGAGGUGCUGGGCCAGCUCUCCCAUUUGUAUGACCUCAGGGCCAGCUCUCCCACCUCCUAUAAGUGGUGAGGGGUAACAGAGCAUCUCUCCCUCGCUCAUACCACCUUAUGGCAGAUGGGGGCAGGCAGAUCUCCCAUGUUUACAUCCAGGCUCAUCUGUGCCCCUGCCAGGAGGGGUAAACUCCACUAUGCUGCUCAGGCUAGGUGCAGGGCUCACUUUCCCAAGUAGUGCUGCAGUUGGUGAGGGGCUGCGUCAGCUCUCCAGCCUGCCACAGGUGGCAAGGGGCAAGUGGGGGGAGCAGUUACUGCUUCUUAACACAUCUUUUAUUCAGAGCUAUUAUUAGUUACUAGAGCCAGAUAUAUGCCCCUAGUACCCACUCCAUUAUUAUCAAUCACACCUUCCAUGUGCACAUCUAUAUGACGAGAUUAGGUCAGGAGAAGAAAUGAGGGUGUGGAGAACGAGUGGUGGGAGGAGUUUUUGUACUGCCCCCAGUGAAAGAACACAACCUUAAAAUUCAAACCAAGGCAGGAGGUUCUGAUUGAGAGCCUCUUAAGGUUUGGAGUGCUAGGGAAGAAGCACUGGCAUCAGGUUUGAUGGGUUGAGGCCUGCUGAGAUCUCAAGGAUGCAGACUGGCAGAGGAAGUAGUCUAGAAGAGAGAUGAGGGUGGAUAUUCAUAGCCAAAAAUGAACAGAAAUACUUCAUAUCUUCCUGAGUGAUUAGGGAGAAAAAAUCAAUUACCGUUAUUUUUCAAAUGAGUUGAAACUCCAAAAUAAAUCCAGCAUGAGUUUGUCCUUUCCUGUAGACACUUAUUUAGAAGAGCAAUCCGGGCACAGAGUAAACUUGGGCCACACUGUCCAGGUUCACCAGCAGCUCUUGCUCAUUGUGAGAGCUGGGCAUUGAACUUACUCUCCUGCUUGGUUUUCUCUUUCCUGUUUGGCAGCAUCACUCCACAUCUCCACUCAAUUACUCCACUCUGUGCUAAGCUAACCUCCAGGUGGUCCAGGUUUGCAUCUAAACGGUUUGCUCAUAAAUGAUGUCUUCUUCUCUUGUCGCUCUGGAGAUGGAUUUUUGUUACUGUAAAGAACCUAUAGAUACCUCUGGUUGGACCCCAGUGACACAUUUCUG